AUGCUUUACAUGGCAGACCAUCGCCAGAUCAAUGGCGGCGGGGGCGGAACAGAGGAGCAUGGGGGGCAUGCAGAGCCGAGUAACAUGCUUGUGGCUGUUCCGUUGGAUAGCGAUGGUACUGAAGCCCCACUGGUGCUGGCAUCUGGAGUUGACAUCUACGCCUCACGACUAGUCCCCCUGGUGCUGGCGAGUGGAGCAGACUUCUAUGCCUCGCGACGCCCGAGUGGAGUGGAUGGAGUGGAGCCGCUUUGCACAGCCAGACUGGGUCCCCUUCAACCUCGUUUCCCCCUCCUCCCCCCCCUUCCAGUCCCCCUGGUGCUGGCAUCUGGAGCCGACUUCUAUGCCUCACCGCGCCCGAGUCCCGAUGGCAGGCAGCUGGCAUGGAUGGAGUGGAGCCAUCCCCACAUGCCGUGGGAGAGGAGUCGGAACAUUCGAUGA